UCGAUUGUUUCCCAUACUGCCUGGCAUAAAAAUCAUACGUUUAUAGUUAUUAAAAUGUAAAUACAAUUAAUAAACGUAACUUUUCAUUCAAAAUCAAAUGAAAUAAGCGAUGUAAUAUAAUUUUAAAUACUACAAUAAUUUUACAUAAAUACAAUUGUGUCACACUGAAUGCAAGUCUUCUAUGAGUUACUGUGUCAUGUGUGUUACAGUGUUUAAGGGUUUGAAUUAAGUUAGGUUAUGUUGUGAAUAUACAAGGAUUAUUAAAAGUUAACAUGGAAAAUCAAAACGGCACAUCUGUUAAAAGUAAUAAUCCUGCUCCUACAGUCGAGCAGAUUAAUGCUGAUAGAAUAACACAGCUUGCAAACAAGUAUUGGGCACCUCAUACAACAGAUUCACAUUUAUCUUUCAAUCCUCAAAUAGUUGAAGAUAUUUAUGUUCAAGAAAUAUGCGCAUCUAAGUUCUCGAUUCGCAGGAUCAUGAUGCUAGAAUUUAGUCAGUAUCUGGAGAAUUUUUUAUGGCCAAAUUACAAUGCAAACAAUGCAACUCGUGCUCACACUAUGUCCAUUGUUGUUAUGGUCAAUGAAAAGUUUCGUGAACGUGUUCAAGUUUGGGAGGCAUUUGAGAAGAAUCCAGAACAUUUUCCAGAAUUCUUCCAAAAUGUUUUAGAAGCUUGUCUAGAAGAUAGUAUAAUGGAUUUUGAUUUAAAAGAACAGACAGCACUGAUUGUAUUUCUAAAUCAUUGUUUUAAUUCUAUGGAGAUUUCAUUAGUUCGAGAAGAAGUGAAAAGAUUAGUCUCGCUGUCUAUGUGGAUUUCAUUACAACAAGGCCGUAGAGAAUUGGAAUUUAAAAAAUAUCCAAUGUGGAGAAAAUAUUGGAAAAUUUUAAGAAAGAAAGAAAAUCAAGAAAUUAAAGAAAAACUAGAAUGGGAAAGGAAGUUCUUACACAGAUUAAUGAUAAAAUUUAUGAAAAUUUUGGAAACAAUUUCUCAAGAAGGACCACUUUUAUCAGAUAAGGUACGGUACUGUGAAAGAUUCCUUGAGCUAGUAAUAGAUUUGGAAGCUCUAUUACCAACCAGGCGUUUCUUCAAUACUGUAAUGGAUGAUUGCCACUUAGUAGUGAGAUGUCAGUUAUCUAAAUUAUUGGAUCGUCCUGAAGGAGGAUUAUUUGGGCAGUUGCUGGAGAUGUUGAAGUUCUACGCAAGAUUCGAAAUCAACGAGGAAAGUGGUGACCCUCUCACGGAUCACGACAUGACGCAGUUGCAUUAUACCAAAAUCACUUCUCUUCAGAAAGCGGUUUUCGCGAAAUUCCAAGAUCUGAGGAAUUUUGCCUUGACAAACGUGGCGAGCGUCGACACGAGGGAUGCCCUUUACAAACAUUUUGGCUCGCUUAGUCAGGAAAAAUUGAGAUCUAUUGCGAGUUAUCUGAGCCUAGUCCCGUCAGAGGAGCGAGAAAAAGAAGAAAACUGGUACCGAUACGACAUAGACUUUCUUCGUGAGCUUUUGAUCUCUCGACAUGAACGCAGAGCCUCCCAAUUGGAAGAGCUCAAUGAAAUGCCCCUGUAUCCCACAGAAGAGAUCAUCUGGAACGAAAGUAUCGUUCCAACAGAAUAUUUCUCUGGUGAAGGAUGCUUGGCACUACCAAAAUUAAAUUUACAGUUUCUCACUCUGCACGAUUACUUACUAAGAAAUUUCAAUCUUUUCCGAUUAGAAUCUACCUACGAGAUACGUCAAGACAUCGAGGAUGCUGUAAGCAGAUUAAGUCCCUGGCGAGCUGAAGAUGGUGGUGUUUAUUUUGGUGGCUGGGCCAGAAUGGCUCAACCGAUUACACAAUUUGCUGUCGUAGAGGUAGCAAAACCUAAUAUUGGCGAAAAGAGACCAUCUAGAGUGCGAGCUGAUGUCACAAUAAAUUUGAGUGUUCGAAAAGAAAUCAAAUCUGAAUGGGAGAAUCUUCGAAAACACGACGUUUGUUUCCUAAUUACUGUCAAGCCCGAAAAUCCAAUUGGUACUAAAUACAGUCAUAAAUUACCAUUCGUCCCACAAGUUGGUUUAACAACGGUAAGAGGGUGUGAAGUUGAAGGUAUGUUAGAUUCUAAUGGCAGAGUGAUAGAAGAUGGUCCUGAGCCGCGACCAAUUUUACCUGGUGACACAAGAACUUAUAGAGUCUGGCUAGAUUCUAAUCAGUAUCGGAUCGACAUGGACAACGCUAGUCACGGUGGUGAAGAUGUUUACGAAGGGUUUAAUAUUAUAAUGAGACGAAAACCAAAAGAAAAUAAUUUUAAAGCGGUUCUAGAGACCAUCAGGGAACUUAUGAAUACAGAGUGUGUUGUUCCUGAUUGGCUACAUGAUAUAAUUCUUGGCUAUGGCGAUCCAGGUGCAGCUCGUUAUUCAAGAAUGCCAAAUGAAAUCGCAACAAUGGAUUUUAAUGACACAUUCCUCGAUAUAGACCACUUGCGUUCCAGUUUUCCAGAAUAUGAAAUUGAAGUUUCUAGAGACAACGAAAAGAAGCUUGUACGACCUUUCCGUUUAACAUUUGAAGAUGUUCUUGCUAAACAGAGCAAUGAAACUGUAAAACAAAUAAUUGAAGUUGAACCACAUGUUCCUCCCAGUCGAGGCCCGUACAAGGCUAAUGAACCUAAAAAGAAUCAGAUCCCCUUUACACCAACGCAAGUUGAGGCUAUUAGGGCCGGUAUGCAGCCAGGAUUGACACUUGUUGUAGGCCCCCCUGGUACUGGUAAAACAGACGUUGCUGUGCAAAUCAUUUCGAACCUUUAUCAUAAUUUCCCAAAUCAAAGAACAUUAAUAGUCACACAUUCUAAUCAAGCAUUAAAUCAACUUUUUGAGAAGAUUAUGGCACUAGAUAUUGAUGAGAGGCACCUGCUUCGUCUUGGUCAUGGAGAGGAAGCAUUAGAAACGGAAAAAGAUUUUAGCAGAUACGGUAGAGUUAACUAUGUUUUGGCUAAACGCUUGGAUCUUUUAAUGGAAGUUCAAAGGUUACAGGAAUCUUUGAAUGUGAAAGGCGACGUAGCAUACACAUGUGAAACUGCGGGACAUUUUUUCAUGUAUCAAAUAUUAGCAAGAUGGGAACGCUUUGAAUCUAGAAUCAAGCAAAGGCAAGGAACAGGAAACAGUUCACCUCCUGCUUUCAUUGUGGACGAAGAAUUUCCAUUUCAUAAAUUCUUCGAUAAUGCUCCGCAACCCUUAUUCAAACGUAAUACAUUUGAAGAGGACAUAGAAACAGCAUGCAGUUGUUUCAGAUACAUAGAAAGGAUUUUUGCACAAUUAGAGGAAUUCAGAGCUUUUGAGUUGUUGCGAUCCGGUUUGGAUAGAUCAAAAUAUUUAUUGGUUAAAGAAGCAAAGGUUAUUGCCAUGACCUGUACUCAUGCUGCACUCAAACGACGCGAGCUCGUUGAUAUGGGAUUUAAAUACGACAACAUUCUGAUGGAAGAGUCUGCACAAAUUUUGGAAAUAGAAACUUUUAUACCAUUGUUAUUACAAAAUCCACAAGAUGGAUAUAAUAGAUUAAAACGUUGGAUAAUGAUAGGAGAUCAUCACCAGUUGCCACCAGUUAUUAAAAAUAUGGCUUUCCAGAAAUAUUCAAAUAUGGAACAAUCCCUUUUUGCAAGAUUUGUUAGGCUAGGUGUGCCCACAGUUGAUCUUGAUGGUCAAGGUCGUGCUAGGCCCAGUAUUUGUAAUCUUUACAAUUGGCGGUAUAAAAAGCUGGGCAAUCUUUUCCACGUAGAACGUAGUCCAGAGUAUUUAGUAGCGAAUGCUGGAUUCUUAUACGACUUCCAACUGAUCAAUGUUGAAGAUUUUAACGGAGUGGGAGAAAGCGAGCCGAGUGCUUACUUCUAUCAGAACCUUGCUGAAGCUGAAUACUGCGUGGCCGUAUUUAUGUACAUGCGACUUCUUGGUUACCCGGCCGAUAAAAUUAGUAUAUUGACUACGUAUAAUGGCCAAAAACAUUUAAUAAGAGAUGUGAUAAAUAUAAGAUGUGCUAGUAACCCUUUAAUAGGCCGGCCCAAUAAAGUAACAACGGUUGACAAAUACCAAGGUCAGCAGAAUGAUUACAUAUUACUAUCUCUUGUAAAAACCCGCGCCGUGGGCCAUUUGCGAGACGCACGACGUUUGGUGGUAGCUAUGUCGAGAGCACGUCUUGGUCUUUAUGUGUUUGCUAGAGUUUCACUUUUCAAGAAUUGUUUUGAAUUAACUCCCGCAUUCGACCAAUUAAUGCAACGACCAUUAAAGCUACAGCUAUUACCACAAGAGCAUUAUCCUACUGAUAGACUUAACGAUGCUAUUCCGUCUACUUCACCAAUGGAAAUCGAAGAUAUGCCUCAUAUGGCGAAAUUUGUAUAUGAUUAUUAUAUGGAGAAAGUUAGUGGCAUGAAAGAGUCUCAGAAAAUGUGGCAAAAACCAGGUACAAUGCAAACAUCUAAUAGUCCAACUCAUAAGGUUCCUGCUCAUCCUGGAGCAGAUGAUGAUACAGACGAUGAAGAACUCGACCAAACAGAGAAUGAAGAACGAGAUACUAAGGAAGAAAAUAUGGAACAUAAAUUUGAACUGAUAAAAAAUUUAGUUGAAGAACCAGCUUCAGAAAGUGAAGACAACGAUCGUUAAGGACUUAUCAAUGUUUGAAUAAAAAGAAUAUUCAGAUGGUAGAAAGGAGUACAUUGUACUUAAAAUACAACCACUUUUUAUUCAAAUUAUAUUUAUUGUACAGUUUCAUGGUAUUCUACCAUGAUAUAAUAAAAUUAAAAGAUAUUUGUAUUUUAUAUUUGUUAAAAAUAGUAUUUAUCCGCUGACUUAUGCAUUUGAUUUGACUACACUAUAGAAGAACUUUUCAGAUAAAGAGAUUCUGGUUUUUCUUUGAAAUUUCUUUACGACGUGAUAAAUGUUUAUCUAAAUGUUGCUUUUUUGACCUGUCCGUUUUGUUUGAAUUAUCAUUAAUCUGUUGAACGCUUGAUGGCACGUAACUGUUAUCAAAUUUCAUAGAUUUGCUAGUAAAGUCAGGUUGAUAUUCU